AGCAGCACAGUGUAUCAGUACAGCUUGUGUUAUACAGACACUUUCCACCAAGACCCUUGAAAAGAAUACUGCAAAGAGCAAAAAAACUCAAAUGGACAGAAAAACUCAAAUGAACAGAAAAACUCAAGACAACAGAGAAAAACCUGAUUGGAUGGAGAGAGAAGAGAAGGAGGUGAAAGAGAGACAGGAGAAGCAUAAUAUGGAAGGGAAGACAGAAAGCAAAGAGUCAGUUCCAAAGAAGGGCCUGAUCUCAAAGAUGAAAAUGCAGUCCCUAAUACACCAUAGGGACCAACUCAUGAAAGUCAUCUCCAGAACCUACGAGAAGGAGGUGGCUGCUGAUGUUGGUGAGGACACUCCUGAAAUGGAGCUCAGAAAAUAUAGGCAGCAGGCAAAGAGGAGAAGGCUGCUGCAGAAACAACAAAAAAUCGAGGAGAGAAUAAGAUGCAAAAAGGAGAAGGGGAAACAAGGUCAGGAGAGUGAUGGAGCGGAGGAUAACAGAAAAAGUAAGGACAGUGAAGAAAAGGAUGUGGAGGACAAAGAGACUGAAGGAGAGAAGGGGGAGACAGACAGUAAAGAGUCAGUUCCCAAGAAGGGUGUCGUUUCAAAGCUGAAAAUGUGGUACCUCAAACGCCAGAAUGACCAAAUUAUCAAAGACAUCUCCAGAACAUACGAGAAGGAGGUGGCUGCUGAUUUUGCUGAAAACACACCUGAACUGGAGAUGAAAAAAAUAAGGCAACAAGCUAAGAGGAAGGAGCUCCUAGAUAAACAACAAAAAGUUAAGGAGAAAAUAAGACACAAAACCGAGAAAGGCAGAAAAAAGAAAAAUCAAGAGGAGGGAGUGGAGGAAGAGAAGGAAGAUGGCCUGCUUUCAAGAGGUUUCAGUGCCCUCUGUAGUGGGUACGCUAACUACGGACGCAUGCGCCCUCUAUAA